AUGUCUUCAACAAAAGAAAUUAAAGUUAGAGAAACGGUAACCAAAAAAUUAUGCAAAAAAGAAACGUUGUUUGAAGAGUCUUGCAAGCUUGACAGAUUAAAAGCAACUGAACAAACAAAUGGAUUGGUUUCAUUAGCUGAUCAAAACAUUUUAAACCCUGUAAGUGUCAAUGAAUCAUCACAAACCAAAUUAAAAUUUACCAAAAUAUAUCCCCCAACAUCUUUGAAUAUAAAUUUUCUUACUUUGGAAAACCCGUUAAAGGUAACCGAUAGUUUCAACAGUCCGGUCGUUGAAAACCAGUCUUUAAACUUAUUCAAUGAAAAAAUGGGAAUAUCUCGAUAUAAGCAACAAUCAGGACUAUUUUUGUCAACUGACAAAAAAUUGCGCAAAAAUAAAAAUGGCAAUUCAGCUGAAUCUGACGAUCCAAUUUUAAAACGUAACAACAAAGAACAAAAUAUCAAUGCCACAACAAAUUAUUCACAAAGUGCAUUGAUGGCCAACAAAUUUAUCUCAAAUAAUUUUAACGAGAAGCCGCCAUUACCAAAAAGAAACUUUGACAGAAAAAUUUGCAUUAAAAAUUUUUCGGAAAAACCAAAUAUCUUUGAACAUUGUUGUGACACAGCAUAUGAUUUUGAUUGCAAAAAUAAGGAUGAAUUUAACAUGGCCAAACUGGAAAAGCUGCUUCUCAUGAGAGGCAAUAUUAAAUAUGCUGAUGAUAAUGAAGAUCGAAAAUGCGAUGAAUCCAUUCCAGAAUUACCAAAAAAAUUAAUUGCAAACAUAAGAAGAAAUGAAAACUUUGUAAUUGAACAAGAUCAUCCGCAAAAGAAUUGCAAUGUGAAUGUUGUUAACAAAUCCGCAAUUUUUAAAAACGUUACACUUGAAAACAAUUCCAAUUGUUUUUAUGGCAAAUCAACGCUUUCAAGUGAUUACUGCAGCGAAGAUACAUACGAUUAUGAUGAUUAUGUUUUUGGUCGCGAAUAA